AUGUCGAGCGUUGACACCAAAACAAUUCUUGUCAAGCCACGAGAUUCUACAGCUGAUGCAGAUCUUCAACAUCAACCUUCGGCACCUGUUACUUAUAAACUUCGUACAACUGCUAACUGGGUACAAAAACCAUAUAAAAAACGAAAUAUCUGGGAGCGUCUUGCUACGCUCGAUCUUGCCAGUGACAGAUGUUACAUUGUACAACCCCAAAAUCCCAAUCCACCGCCUAAACUUAGUGCUUGGCACGAGCGCGCAUGGUUAGCUAUUAUGAUUGCACCAGCAUUAAUGAUUCAAGCACUUUGGUAUUAUAUGGUACCGGAAAAUAGUUAUUUUCAUACUUGGCAUCCAAUUGUAACAUUGAUAUUCUAUCAUAUAGCUUUUAUUGUUUUCAUUCUGAAUUUAAUUAAACAUCUUACUUAUUACAUGGAUGUAUAUGGUACCUUUGAUGAGCACAAAAGACCACGUGAUUAUGUUGCGGAUAAGGAUGUGUAUCCACUAAUUCGAACUGUUCUACUAUAUACAAUAGUGCGUACGGCUGGCGGUUUAAUUCUAGGUGGCUACAAUCGUUAUGCUCCUCCGUUACUUGGCCAUUCUAUUUCAUGGGCUUUUCCAAUUAAGAUUGGUCUAUGGUUGAUAGCUUUAGAUUUUUUCUUUUAUUUCUAUCAUCGUGCAGUACAUACAUUUCCUUUUCUUUGGAAAUACCAUAGCAAACAUCAUUCGACAAAACAUCCAACACCGCUUCAAUCGAUUCUCGCCGGUGAUAUUCAAGAAGUUAUUGAAAUUGCUUUAAUUCCUCUCGGCGCAUCUUUAGUUAUGCCAUUAUCAGCACAUGAAUUUUGGAUUGCUCAAUGUAUUCUUGUGUAUGUCGAAGGAAUGGGACAUAGUGGCGCACGUGUUUAUUGGACUCAUCCAAUUAUCGGUGAAGUUCUUCGACCAUUUAAAAUGGAAAUUACUAUUGAAGAUCAUGACUUACACCAUCGACUUGGAAAGAGUGGGAGAAACUAUGGUAAACAAUCGAGAAUUUUCGAUCGAAUUUUCAAUACAAUCAGUGAACGUAUUGAAGGCAUAGAAAAAUAG